AUGGACAUUUUCGGACGCCUGGAGCCCGUCUUUUACCAACGUCCGCCAUACACUGUCUACGGGAAUGACACUUUCCCGGCUUCUCGAUUAUACAGACCAACUGACAAGGAGCAGGAGCAGAGAACACAUGUUGUUGGUCCAUUACAGGUAAUUUAAUCGAUCAAUAUUUUUUUUCUAUUUAUGGAUGACGUGGACUUUUGGAGCGAUUUCGCCUGAAUUUGCUUCAAAUUGAUGGUUUCGAUUUAAAAUGGAUGCUUUGAAUUUCGCCCCAUUUUGUGAAAAUUUAGUUUGUGUGUUGAUUUUCUUAAGUUUCGGAGCCUUUUCGAACCGAGAAAUGUUUGAAAAAAUUUGAAAGUUGAAGUAGAAUGUGGGGAGUUUUGAAUCAUUCUGUCAAGAUUUUCAAAAUCGGCCAAAAAAAUUGUUUUUCUGGAUUUUUCUUAUCAGAUAUUAAAAAUCCAGUUGUUUGCUAUUUUUUUCAAAAAUAAAGUUUUUGAAUUUUACCCUUAUUAAAUUGCAAAUUGAUAGUAAUAUUCUUUAUUUUUCAGCGAAAAACCGAAAAAUGCCGAGUUUGCUCGCGCGAAGGCGCAUCACUCCACUAUGGGGGCGUCGUUUGUGGGUAAGUUUAUUCGAAUCAAAAAAUACACGUGAAAUACGGAAAUAUUCGGGAAAUUGUGUGUGUUUUGACCUUUUCCAGCUGUCGUUUUACUCGGAAUCAGAAGGAUCACCUGCGAAUUGCGAAAAAAUUUGAAAAGUCCGAAUUUUCAAUACAAAAAUAAAAAUUUGGAAGGUUUAAAAUAGAAUUUUCAAAAUAAAAUGAAGAUUUCAACGUCAAACCGUAUUAUCUUUUUUUGAAGCCAAGAAGCUUCAUUUUUUCCAGUUGGAGGACCGUUUCAGGGAUAUAAGCUGGAUCGUAAAUUUUAUCAAAAAUUUAAAACGAAAGGUAAAAAUUAUAGAGGCUGCAAGAUUUUCUUCGCACGGGCCGUCAAGAAUCCUCGCGGAUUCGCUUGCGAACGACAGGGUUCCUGUGAGAUGGGUCCAGGUAAGGGAUAUUACAAUGAAAUGGACUUAAUUGACUUUUUUUUUCCGAUUCAAGAACUCAUCCUACUUUCAAAACUUUUUUUUUUCAAAGAAAUAUUCUUGUCCGAACGCGUAAAAGUUGGUUUCGAUUAUAAUAGCUCUGGUCAGGUGGAACUGGCCAUUUCUCAUGUCAACCGGGAUUUUUCGAACUGAUAUUUUCGCUUUUGAUAAUCCAAAACAUCACUUAUCAACUUUUAAUUUUUAUUUUGGUCAGUUGAAGACGGAAGAAGAGAAAAUGAAACGAAACGAUAAACUUUAUAGUAUUUAUUUUCCUUUGACCUCAUACAUAAGACCAUAAUCUCAGUCUCUUGAUCUUGUUCAUAUUUGAGCUGAUAAACACUUCAAAAAGCUUUUUCAACAAAGAAAAAAAGGCAUUUGAUAACUUCCAUUUGAGCGGCUUUGAGAUGUCUGAAAAACUUUGCCACUUCUUGGAAGUGCAAGUCCUUUAUUUUGAUGGAGUUUCAAACAAAGAACAAGAAAGAGGAAACUACGUAAGAUUUAAUAAAGUUUGUUUGGUUUAUAUCUUUUCUAUUAGAAAUCAUGUGAAGCAGUGAAUAAUGGACUAAAAAUUCAACAGUUUGAUUGAAAUGGGCAAGUGACUAACUUCAACUUGACAGUUGCAAACGUGAAAAAAUUCAAAAACAACCCAAGCUCAGACUUUUGAAGCAAUUUUGAGGCUUGAAUCAAAUUUUUUUUGAAUCCAGGAAAAAAGAAAUUCAGGCCGGCGAUCAAAAUGUCGUUCUUGUCGUCUAAAUCUCUGCUACAAGGCCAGAAUGCGAUCUGAAGGUGAUUUCAAAUAAAUUAUAAAUUUUUACAAAAUCCUUAUUUACAGCAGUGGGACAAGUUCGAGACUUGAGGACGAAAGAAGAAGAUUCGACGGACGAAAGUUUGCCGACGACUUCUUCCGCCUCGCCAGCACCCGAAUCGAAGCCGAUUGUUUCGAUUAUCUCGAAACUGGAGUACCAGAGAAUCGAUCCCUUGGAAGUUCCUUCUGUAAGAAAUUUUGAGGGAAAUUUGGAAUCUUUUCUCGUCAUUAAUGGCUUAUGAUGAGAUUGAUCUUUUUCAAAGACUUGAACUUUUUUCAGAUAGUAAAACCUAACUUUUGAAAGAGCGGGAAAAAGCGACUUCGGAAGGAAUUUCAAAAAAAUCUUGAUAUUCUUUCUUUUGAAAUAUUUUUUUGAUCUUUGUUUUUCUGAACAUAUUUUUUUGAAAAUUUCCGAGGAAUUUUUCCAAAUUUAAUACUAUAAUUGUAAGGAGAAAUUGUUUACAGACGUCGAUGCAAGCUCGUUGUCACCAAAUCCGAUCCCACAUCGAUAUGUACCCCAGUUUCGAUGACCGCGCAAUCGUUGCGAUGUUUCAUAAUAUUGAAAGGUUUUUUUUCAAAAACUAUUUUCGAGUGUGCUUUUCUUGAGUCUACCUUCUAAUCUUCGAAAGUGAGAAUGCGUUCCAAAAGGAUGGUAGAGGCACUUUUUUUCUCUGAUCGCCCUCUUUUUUACCAGUGCUCUCUCGAAAAUUAACCGUACUUAGGAACGCCAGAGAGGCCCUAUAGCGGUUAGGAGAAAAAACAGCCCAAAUAUGGGGCGAAAAGUGUCACUAUAAGAGUAACAGUUAGGUGGUCCCUAUAGGGGUUCCGGGUCUGAUCCCUAAACUUCUAAAUCUUGAGUGUUCCUUAUAGGGGUCACUUCUGCAAGGUUUAGUGGCCCCUAUAGGGGAGGUGAAGAGCGGAAAGGUUCUACUAUUUAGACCACUCUGAAGUUCCUAAAACCUAAGUAGACUCUUUUUUCCUAUAGAAACUGCGACAACAACCUCGGAUACGCAUCGGCCGGCAAAUAUCCAUCCGAAUUUUCGACUGACGUGCCCGUCGAUCUGGCUCUUUUGCAUCCGAGACCAAUUUCCGAUGAAGUUCCGGUCAGAUAAAAUGGUUUACUUAUUACUGAGUUGAAGGUUUUCAGAUCGCCUAUGUACGCAAAAAGUUCUCCGAGAAUCCAGAAGAGAUGUUCAAAGAGUUCUAUUGUCGGACGAUUGUCCAUUUUUUCGCCUGGACUUCGGCCAUCGAGGAUUUCUCGCAGUUGAACAUGAGACAGAGGGUCGGUUGGUCAAUGCUUUGAGACCUAUUUUUGCAGAAUCUCAAAAUGUACUGGAAUCUUUCCAGACAAGAAUUUUUAUAAAUAGGAUCUUGUUCCAUAAACAUGUGAACAAAAAACAACUUUCAGAAAAUUCUUGCAAUCGAAGCGGUUGUUCCUGGCUGUUUGAUGAUGCACGCCUUCGGAAUGAGCCAAUGGAGAGUCAAAAAUGGAGCUCCGAAACUGCCGACGUCUUCAGAAAUCGAUUUGAAAACCAUGAUUGAGUGAGUUUUCAAAAGUUUCUCAAACAUCAAAUGUUUUCCAUCAAAAAAAAGUUGGUAAAGUUCUUUAAAUUCUAUCCGCGAAACUGUGACUUCUUUCAACUUCAGUUUAUGAUUCAGUGACCACCCUCACUUGAAGGAAGUCAUCGAAACGUUCCAAUUUCACGUUUUGGAACCGAUGAACGUCUUGCAAAUAACGGCCGAGGAGUAUUCCUGUAUUCGAUUGAUUUUACUCUGGUCGGGAGGUGGGAAAUUAAUUCCGUAAUUUUCUGUUGAAAAAAAAAUAUUUUUAGGCGAGAGCGUUCUGGAUAUGGAAUUGGCGCGUGCUUUGAGAGAUAGGUAACAAAAAUAAUUCAAGGAUUUGAAAAAAGAAAAUGGAAUUUAGGUACGGUAUUCUUCUGAUGGCGUUACUCCGGGCGGCGCUGCCUGAUGCCGCUGAAGAAGAAGUCAAACGACGAUAUUCUCAGCUUUUCGAGUAUUUCAACUCUGUCAAAGUGGGUUUCUUUCCAUUUCGAGAUGUACUCAUGGCUGUAAAUUGAAAUAUAGGCACAGUCGGUAGGUCAGAAAAAGGCUUCAUAAAAAGGUUCCUUUGAAAAAGGCUUCUAUUGAGCUUUCUUUUUGCACCUUUUCAUUGGCUCAUAUGCACCAUUUUUGCUGUCUCUCCCUUUUUUCCACCAUUUCUCGACCCAUUGAAGUUCUAGAAAAAUGGAAAGCUCGAUAAAGGGAUUCUCUUUGCUGCCUUUCUGCGGCCUUUUUUGAGCCUCUCCUUUUUAGGGGCCAUAUUCCGAUUUCGCACGAGGAUAUUCAAUUGUUAAUGUAAAAACGGCUCCUUAAAGUUUAUUUUCUGAAUUUUCUGGUAUUUUUUCUUUAUUCUACUGCGGUUUUGUUUCGUUUCAAAAAGUUAUUGUUUAUUAAUUUUCCCAGCUUCUGAUUAUUUUUCGUCUUUCAUUCUUUUCUUUUUUCAAAAAUCAAGUUUUCAAUCAGAAGCCUCUUUGACCCGUAUAUUGCACUGAUCUUCUGAAGAAACAACAAAAUAAAAGAUUUGAUUGAUUGAUUGAAAAAGAAACUUUGAAUCAAAAUGAAAAAAGAAUCGAAUCCAACUCUAAAUUUCUUCAAAUUUUUUUCAGUUUGCCUCUUAAUUCUUUUUCUCAUUUGUCAUGAAGAAAAUGCAUUUUCAGACGAUAUCUACUCGGUUUGUAUCUUGGAUGACUAUGAUGUUCGCCCGGGACUUAUGCGGGAUGAGGGACACUUUGAUCUACGAUUUGCACGUUCAUUCACCAGGCUCAACGACCGGAAAAGUUCCCAAAGAAGAGAAAAUCUGA